CUGCCACCGUUUCUUCACCUGAUUCUCAAGCCUUCGACCCACCUGUCAUUCUUUCAUCUCACUCUCAAGGCUCCGAGCCACCUACCGUCCUGUCUUCACCUGAUCCUCAAAGCUCUGAGCCAUCUGCCGUCAUGUCUUCACCUGAUCCUCAAGGCUUCGAUCCUUCUGCCACCAUUCUUUCACCUGAUCCUCAAGGUUCCGAGCCACCGACAGCUGCAUCUGACCAACAAACCACCGACAUCACAGGAGGACCCAACGUUGAGGCGUCUCUUCAGAGAAAGCCAUCGCGUCUAACAAGGUUCAGUUCGAUGCGAUCGAUCUUCAAGCCAGGCUAUCCUUCGCCUACGACUGGAACUCGCCAACAGAACCCCGACACCGCAGAAGGAUCUAACGCUACGGCGUCUCUUCAGAGAAAAUCGUCAAUCGCCUCAGGUAUAAAGACUGUGGGCCGCGCGGCUGGUCGCACAUGGGGCCAUGUCAAGGACCAGACAAAGAACCUGACAAAUAGACCAAGUUUGACUUUGCGUAGCAAGAAAGAAGGGGAUCGGCAGCGCCAGGCCCCCGAACAAACCUCCGACAACCGAACUCUCGCCGAAGUCCCUUACAACGAGCCGACGACAGCUACAGCAAGCCCUUCCAUUGACAAGGAGAAUGACCCCGCGGAGCGUGUACCAAGUACUUCAGCCCAGACGUCACAGGGUCGUGGACGUUCCAAGAGUGGAGGUUCAGGUCAGACGAUGGACAAGACCCAGAACCGCCUUUCUGCGGGUUAUCUCGGCAAGCGCCGGUCUGCGACCGAUCUCGAGAAGCAUGUUUCUGCCGAUCAGAUCGAGAAGUGUCGGUCCGUGGGAAAUCUCGGGGAGCGUCUGUCUGAGUAUCCUGAGAACGCACCAAGUGGCCCAGGACUACAAGGCCCCUUGCCCUUUGCCCCUGCGUCCUCGAUUUGUCUGAGAAGGUGGUCUUGGGAGUGA